UUCUCCAACCCCUCUACCGACCGGAAGCGGGAUGUGAUGUAAAAAAAAUACAUUGAAAGUUUUUUCCUUGAGUGUGCAGUUACUCCGAUGCAUUGUGAUAGACCGAGAAACUGUUCUUUUUACGAUAAUGAUCCGGGAAUUUUGAUCGAUCUGUUUCUUCGAAGACAUCUCAGACGGACAUAAGCUGUUGUCGAGAACUCGAUAAGGACAGAAACCAGAGAUGUAGCGAGGGCCUGCCUGUCUCCAGUCAUCCACCUCCCAUCAUGCUCUUCUUUCUCCUGCUGGCUCUGCCAACUCCAGCCCAUGGACAGAUUGACCCAGCUCACUGCCGCUACCCCCUUGGCAUGGAGGACGGCAGGAUCACAGACAAUGACAUCACUGCCUCCAGGCAAUGGCAUGAGACCACUGGACCACAGUAUGCCAGACUGAACCGUGAGGACGGGAACGGGGCGUGGUGCCCGGCAGACCUCCUCCAGCCCUCCGACACCCACUACCUGCAGGUGGACCUGGGUAGGCUCACCUUCCUGACGGUAGUGGCCACCCAGGGCCGCUACGCACGCCGAACGGGCGAAGAGUUCGCCCGCUGGUACCGUCUCAACUACAGCAGGGACGGACUGAUCUGGCACUCCUGGAGGAAUCGCCUGGGCAACAGGGUGGUGGAGGCCAAUGCCAACACGUACGCCUCGGUCAUCAAAGACCUCCACCCUCCCAUCAUCACCCGCUUCCUACGCCUGGUGCCCUUCACCAAGGUGCCAACAACCGUCUGCAUGAGGGUGGAGCUGUACGGCUGCCCCUGGCAUGAUGGUUUGGUGGCCUACUCUUCUCCUGAGGGGCAGCUGAUGAUGCCUCCUGGAUACCCCAUCGCCAGCCUCAACGACUCCACCUACGACGGGAGACUGUUGGGGGGGCUGGGCCAGCUUACGGACGGUCUGAUUGGCCAGGAUGACUUCCUGGUGACGCGUCAGUACCAUGUGUGGCCGGGCUAUGACUACGUGGGCUGGAGGAACAGGACCCUGGGAGGCGGCUACGUGGAGAUGGAGUUUGUUUUCGACAGACAAAGAAACUUCACCUCCAUGAAGGUGCACAGCAACAACAUGUUCUCCCGCGGGGUCAAGAUCUUCUCCUCCGUCACCUGCCACUUCAAGCCCCGCCUCAUCGCCGGCUGGGAGGCCGAGCCUGUGGAGUUCCGGACCGUUCUGGACGAUCGUAACCCCAGCGCCCGCUACGUGACGGUUCCCCUGGAGCGCCGCACCGCCAAGGCCCUCCGUUGCCGCUUCGCCUUCGCCGACGCCUGGAUGAUGUUCAGCGAGAUCACCUUCCUGUCCGCAGACACCACAGGCCCCACCCACAUGCCCCCAUUGGUCACCUCCCUCUGGAAUGGCGAGGACAGCUCCGCCUCCUCCACUACCCACACCACUGAGACCAGCCCGUCUGGGAAGGAGCAGGCUGAGGACGGGAACACGGCUGUCCUGAUUGGCUGUCUGGUGACCAUCAUCCUGCUGCUGGUGGUCAUCAUCUUCCUCAUCCUCUGGUGCCAGUACGUGUGCAAGGUUCUGGAGAAGGCGCCCAGACGUAUCCUGGAGGAGGAGGUGACAGUGCGCCUGUCCUCCAGCAGUGACACCAUCAUCCUGCAGACCCCCCCGGUGCCCCCCCGGGCCCCCCAGGUGGACCCCCCCUAUGAGAGGGUGUUCCUGCUGGACCCCCAGUACCAGGACCCUGCCGCCCUCAGAAACAAGCUGCCUGAACUGUCCCAGAGCGCUGAGACCUCAGCCCUCCUCCUCAGUAACCCUCUCUAUGACCUUCUCCUGACCUCCAGUCACAUGACCCCAGGCCCAGAGCGUGCGGUGCUGCCCAUCCGCUGGAUGGCCUGGGAGAGUAUCCUGCUGGGGAAGUUCACCACGGCCAGCGAUGUGUGGGCAUUCGGGGUGACGCUGUGGGAGAUCUUCACCCUGUGCAAGGAGCAGCCUUACAGUCUGCUGUCUGAUGAGCAGGUCAUCGAAAACACUGGCGAGUUCUUCAGGAACCAGGGCCGGCAGAUCUUUCUCUCAGCUCCUCCCCUCUGCCCUCCCUCCUUGUUCGAGUUGAUGAUGCGAUGCUGGGGGCGGGACAUCACAGACCGACCCACCUUCGAGGGGCUCUACCAAGCUCUGCGACCUCACGCCCACCCCUGACCUUUAACCCCUGGCACAUAUCACAGGGUCCCUCCCUCGAACCCCUGGACGGAGCGGACAGAUGGACGGACGCAGCCAAUGAUUGGUCGCUGUCAGAAGAGGGCGGGAGUUGAGACCAGCCUGGCGAACGUAGAGUAAUUUGUGUCUUUCUUCCGGAAAAAAAAACCCCCGCUACUCUCGCACUCCUUGGUGACACUUUAUUAACCCAUAAACUGUAGAGAGAAGGUUCACCUGUAUGUCUCUUCAUCCUCUUGUGUCUUGUACAUGGACAUCCUGUCAGACUUUGGGUUUUUUCUCCUUUAUUAUCAUUUUAGUUUUCUCGCGGUACCAAAAAAAACUGUGUGUUCCUUGUUUCUUUUAUGCUAGGCGGUUGGAAUAUUUCGAAAACAAACAAACUGGACAAAGACUUGUUGCCUUUUUUGGUCCUGUGGUUUUAUUAUGUUAAGCACUGUUGUCUUCUGUGUUCCAGCAUGUAUCCAUGUUAGCAUUAUGACUCCAUACUGGAGUAAGGACAGCAUGAUGUCUUCUGUGUGUAUGAUGAUAGUUGUUGAUGAUAGUUGUUGUCAUUGUUUUUGUUCUGGUCUGAGUCUGAAUGUUGUACAGGUUGGUCCCCUGACCUCUGACCUUUUGACCCCUGGCGGUCAGAUGUGAGUGGAGGCCUUAGGGCUAUAGCGGAACUACUGUCGUAGCUAGAAUAGGGCCCGCGGGGGCCACAGAGCCACUAUGGACUGAAGAGGAGGAGGAGGAUGAAGAGGAGGAUGAAGAGGAGGAUGAAGAGUGACUGAAAGCACUGUUCCUCAGUACCACAAGCUGUGCAGCCUUCUCACACAGGAAGCACAGUAGUUAGUAGAUGUUAGCCGGACUGCCUUCAGACACACGCUGCUGUCAGAGCAAGCGACAAGACUUGUCUGACAGGAAACUGACUGAAGCGUGACCUUGAGAGAUCCUGUCUGACCUCCUCUGGGUUAGCACAUGUCCUUAUAGCGUUAGAAUGGACUGAUCCCCUUUUGGACCACCGUGUAAACAGUGUAAACGUGUAUGUCGUUUGCUGAGAACGAAACAAGUGUCCCAACAUUUCGAUUCUUAUUAAUGUUGUUGUUUUAUGUUCUUAUUAGCAUCUUAAACAUUGUAUGUUCAUCUGUACUGUAUAUCAUGCUUUAGUUAAAUUGUGUGUGUUUGCUUGUAUGAAAGAGAGAGAGACAGGGCAGUGUGUUAGACAUUCCAUGGAGCACUUGGAUGUACCUGGGACUGACAGGAUUCACCAGGGAGAGAGUGGAGGGGGUGGGAGGGGUAAAGAUGCCACUAUACUCAAUCUCCCAGAGGCCUUUGUUUUGUUUUGCUUUUUUACAUCCCUUGUCACAGAACGAAGAGAAAGAGAGAGUUGGAAUGUGAGUUUGUGUGUGUGUACGUGUACUCUGUGCUCCGAGAACAUGCUUGCUCGGUUGUGCGUGAGUACGUGCUGGGCCGUGUGUGAAUGCAGAAUGCGAGGUGAUAAUGUGUUAUCGAUUAGGCAUUGACUAAGUUUCAGGUUUGGUAGGGUUCAUCAAUCUGUCGGUCACUCCAUCCACCUGCAACCAGCUGAAACAAACAGUAGCUACCCAUGGCAGGCGUGUACAUAGCAUAGGCAGAGUAGAUUUGUAUAGUAAUAUAUUGGGAGCUGGAGAUCGCCAUUCCAGCCCCAUGAUAUUGACCCUCUGUAUCUUCCAAUCCUCUUUGUUAUCUCAUAAUAAAACUCCAACUUGACACACAA